AACGCGUUACGUAACCAAUAGUAGGAGCGCAAUUGGAUGGAUUUGGUAAUGAGGGAAUCUUCGGGCGGCCAUCCAUUCUAAGGGCAGGUGUAUUUGAACCCCUAUUCUCCCCAAUCACUGCCUGUGAGGAAAUAAUGCUGAAACGAAUAGUCCUUAGCCUGGUUAGUUUGCAGACAUCUAUAUGCAACUUAAGGUUUUUGCAUAACCAAGUAUUCUUUUAUGGGAAAAUACUGGAUACUAAAACAAGGGUAUGCCCAUCACGCUACCUGGGUACUGAUAUCGAGGACUCCAGGAAGGAGAAUAUGAGAACUGUUGACAGCCUGUACAGAUUGUGUGUCAAUAUUAAGAAAAUCCGCCAGCUGAAAGCCUGGGUGCUAUUCAAAGAUGUGGCCUUUGUUGAGGAGACUGCUCAGAUCUUGAAAGACAUGGGAGCAAAUGAAGUCACUGUAGCUAACAUUUUUGAGUCUUGUCCCGAAGCUUUUCUCCAGACGCCAGCAGAGAUUAAUUCACAAAGAACCCUGUGGCAUACAGUUUGUCCCAAUGAUGAACAACUGGUUAAAAUAAUUGAAAAAUUUCCAGACUCUUUCUUUUGUUACAAAGCUGCAGCCAAUCAAAAAGACAAUAUUGAAUACUUUCAAGAGUUGGGACUUAGCAACAAAAUUAUCUCUAGACUUUUAACAAGUUCUCCACAGAUCUUUUGUAAUUCAGUUGCUAGUAAUAAACAGAUUAUCACUGAGCUAGAACAGAAUUACCUUUGUCUGGGUGGUAAGCAAACAAACUUCAGAACAUGGCUGAUGAAACUGUUAAGCCAAGACCCUUUUAUCCUAUCAAAGACUUCAUUAUCAGUGAAGAGAAAUUUGAAGUUCUUCCAAAGCCUUGGCUUUUCCAAUGAAGAUGUUCUGAAGCUUCUAUCUAAGCUCAAAGGUGUUAUUUUUGAUCUUAAUAGGGAACACAUGGAAGCUGGCAUUUUGUUUUUAAAAACUAUUUUUGAAUGCAGAGAGGAAGAGCUGAAACAUCUGAUAAUGAAAUGUCCGGGACUCCUGUGUUAUUCUGUACCAACGUUGGAAAACCGGAUAAAAUGUAUGCUAAACGAAGGUAUCUCUGUCAGUCAGAUAAAAGACUGCCCUAAUGUGUUAGAGCUCACCCCACAGAUUAUACAGUUUAGAAUUCAAAAAAUAAAAUUAUCAGGCCAUGACAUAAAAAAUAAAAAUUUGGAAAUUCUACAAGGGACAAAAAAGGAUUUUGAAGCAAACUAUGGCAAAUUGCAUGUUAAAAAAGAACGACCAAUGUUCAAUCCAGUUUCUCCUUUGCAUGUGGAGGAAUGACUUCUCUGAGACAGUAAUAAAUACUAACUGCAUAGUAUUCAAGGAAAUAAAUACAACACUAGAGGUGAGAAUUUG